AGACACGAGCCUGCCUUUAUCGUCGAGCGCAAACUGUAGGCUGUCAUUUAUUACCACACCAACGCCAAACAAUGAUUCUACUUGAUCAAAAAUGCUCAGUACAUCUAUCCAGCGCGCUCAUUGACAGCAACCGUGGUAAACAUCCUCUGCAUCGUUGCCGCAGCCUGCAUGGCUUACCUUCCCCGAUCCAAUACCUGGGGCCGACUCAUCAGUUUCUGGCUUGUAAACGCGCAAUCUGUCGGCUUCACUGUAUCGCUCACCACACUCUCCUCCAACAUGGCUGGAUACACGCAUCGCUCACUAGCCAGCGCUCUGGUUUUCACCGCGUACUGCUGGGGCAACUUUGCCGGUCCGUUUGUGGUGGAUGCAAAGGAGGCGCCCAGGUACGAGGGUGCGACAAUUGGGUUGUUGGUUGGUUACAGUAUUAAGACUGGAUGUCACCUUGCUUUGCUCGGUAAGAGACAAUUGUACUUGGUGCAAUUAGACUCUUGUUCGGUUUCUAACACUUGUGUGUUACAGAUUACAUGUUCUUCACCAAUACGCUUUUACGAAGAUAGUACGUAG